AUGAGAUUACUGUGGCUGUUAACAUGGUUGGCCCUCGUGGCCUCUGCAAAUUCGUUCACUUUUGGCCCAGCGAAUAGCCCAUUACUGAAGAAACGCAAGUCAGUACGGCCAAAAUGCGGGCCUAAAUUUGCUGCCAGAGGCAGCAGCAACUAUGAUAAGCGCAGCGUAGGGUUCAUCCGGUUUGAGCGCAAUGUCUCAACGGCGAACCUUGGGAAAAGAAUGAACCUGCCAGGGACAGAUAUGGGGGAUUUCUACUUCCAUGAGUUCCCCCGCCUGACCGAGCGGAUUGUGCCACACGAUACGGCACCCGUCGCGGAGGACAUGACAACUGGUAUCAUGAGAACCUUCAGCAGUAUAAGAGUACCUCAACAGUAUAGCACGGGAGCGGAGGGCCUCGAGGGUUGCACUGUGCUGUACAUAAUCAGUCGCAAGGCGGUAUAUGGCGUGCAUUGGUUCGAGAAUGUGUCCUUCGACCCUGACCCAGAAUGGCUUGAGGGAACAAACGAGCACGAGUUGUUUCAAACCACCGUGAUUGAUACGUUGAUUCAUGGAGGAAGGUAUCUCCCCAAGCUCAAUGCUCGCCGGAUCGAUGACGAGUACAUCCACGCCUACAUGAUACGCCCAAACGAGACCCAUGAUGAACUCCCGGGCUACGUUGAUGAGUGGCGGCGAAUUGAAGCCACCGUCGGAGACAUUAUCCCAAGGCUGAAAGAGAAAAAGCGCUGGCACUACUUCGACUACAAUGCAAGUCAACCUAUGAACCCCCAGAACGAAAGGGAAACCGCAGGAAGGAAUCUCUUUAAAUACGACUCAGCCCAUCCGAUUGGGGGAGGCCAGACGCAGAAAUUGGCCAAGUUAUGGAUGGAAGGCAACCCCAAGGCAAAUCAUUCAGAUAUUUGGUGA